AUUUACAAUUAAUUUGUGAGAAAUCCCCCACCGCCGAUUUCAGCCUCCAAAACCUUCACGCACACCACAACUCCAGCUAUAAUCAAUCCUCUUUCUUAAGCAUGCUGCAAAGCAAGUCAUUCGUCAAGAAAACGAAGCAAGGGAGAGUUGUCAAGGUUGUGAGAGAACACUAUUUGAGAGAUGAUAUUUACUGCGGUGCCCCUUUAUGCAAGGUCUGCGAUGUUGCCGCAUCGCGUCUCAGCUCAACUGCCUCUACUAUUCUCGUAGUCGAUACCAAUGUUGUUCUUCAUCAGAUUGAUUUGCUGGAAAAUCCAGCCAUAGAUGAUGUUGUGGUGCUAUCAGUGGUACUGGAAGAGGUAAAGAACAAAAAUCUCGGUGUAUAUAAUAGACUUAGGGCGCUUUGCAGCAACUCCCAGAGGAGGUUCUUUGUCUUUUCUAAUGAAUACCACAAGGAUACAUAUGUGAAGAUUGAGACUGGUGAAAGUCCCAAUGAUAGGAAUGACAGAGCAAUUCGGGUGGCGGCACAAUGGUAUCAGAAUCACCUUGGUAGUGCAGUCCGCGUUUUACUUAUUACAAAUGACCGAGACAACAAAAAGAAGGCCGUUACAGAUGGGAUUCUUGCAGAGACAGUCGAGUCGUAUGUGAAAUCGCUUGGACAACCAGCAUUGCUUGACCUGAUUGUUCAGCCUCCAUCUGAUGAUGUUACUAUGGAGGAUGCAGAAGAUCUAAGGCCCUCAAAGAGGAAAACAAUAUAUCCCGAGCAUAAGCCCAUGUCAGAAAUUACUUCUGGUUUGCAUCGUGGAAUUUACCACCAAGGCAAGCUUCGGGUUAAUCGCUACAACCCGUUUGAAGCAUAUGUUGGGAGUGAAAGUAUUGGUGAUGAAAUUAUUGUUUAUGGGCGUACAAACAUGAAUAGGGCUUUUGAUGGUGAUAUAGUGGCUGUGGAACUUUUGCCUCAAGAUCGCUGGCAAGAAGAGAAAUCGCUUGCCAUAGCAAAUGAUGAGGAUGAAGAGGAAGAUGAUGUUCAUUUAGCUCCAAGCAGUGCUGAUGAUGCUCCUCGAGUUCCAAGUUCGGCUGGGGACAAGAAUGCUAUGCCAACUCGCCCAUCUGGUCGUGUUAUCGGCAUUAUAAAACGGAACUGGCACUCUUAUUGUGGAUCUUUGGACCCGAUGCCUAUGCCUGCGGGCGAGGGUGGUAUUGCACAUGCUCUGUUUGUCUCCAAAGAUCGGAGGAUUCCUAAGAUUCGGAUGCAAACCCGGCAGCUUGGAAAUCUACUGGACAAAAGAAUCAUCGUUGCUGUUGAUUCAUGGGAUCGAUUAUCUCGACAUCCUUCUGGACAUUAUGUUAGAACUAUAGGAGAAAUAGGCGACAGAGAUACUGAAAGUGAGGUGGUGCUGAUAGAGAAUGAUAUUGAUGCCAGACCAUUUUCCUCUCAAGUUUUGGCAUGUUUGCCACCGUUGCCUUGGUCUGUAUCUGCUGAAGAUAUAUCAAAUCCCAUUAGGCAGGAUUUGCGUCAUUUACGUGUCUUCAGCGUGGAUCCUCCAGGUUGCAAGGACAUUGAUGAUGCAUUGCAUUGUAUGCUUCUUCCAAGUGGACAUUUUGAAGUGGGAGUUCAUAUUGCCGACGUCACAAAUUUUGUUCACCCUGGAACCCCCUUGGAUGACGAGGCUGCAACAAGGGGUACCUCUGUCUACCUUGUGGAGAGGCGUAUUGACAUGCUUCCAAAACCUCUGACAGAAGAUGUUUGUUCAUUGCGUUCAGAUGUAGAGAGACUGACCUUUUCUGUUAUAUGGGAAAUGACUCCUGAAGCAGAGAUUAUUUCUACAAGGUACACGAAGGCCAUUAUCAAAUCAUGUGCUGCGCUAUCUUAUGUCGAAGCUCAGGCGAGGAUGGAUGAUAGUCGCUUGAUGGACCCAUUAACUACAGAUUUGCGGAAUAUGAAUGUGUUAGCAAAGAUAAUGAGGCAAAAACGCAUUGAAAGAGGAGCCUUAACUCUUGCUUCUGCUGAAGUUAAAUUCCAAAUUGAUACUGAAACUCACGAUCCUCUUGACAUCGGUAUGUAUCAAAUUCGAGAAGCAAACCAGAUGAUUGAGGAGUUUAUGCUUGCUGCCAAUAUAUCUGUAGCUAAAAAAAUUCUGGAACAUUUUCCUCCGACUUCUCUGUUAAGACGGCAUCCAAGCCCAACUAAAGAGAUGCUUGAACCUUUAAUUCAAACAGCUGCUGCCGUUGGUCUCUGUUUGGAUGUGACAUCUUCUAAAGCACUGGCUGACUCACUUGAUCGUGCUGUGGGCGAAGACCCAUACUUCAAUAAGCUGAUUCGCAUUCUGGCAACAAGGUGCAUGACACAGGCAGUGUACUUCUGCAGUGGAGAUCUGAGCCCUCCAGAGUUUUGUCAUUAUGGUCUUGCCGCUCCUGUGUAUACACAUUUCACUUCUCCUAUAAGAAGAUAUGCAGAUGUCAUUGUUCACCGUCUGCUAGCUGCAUCCUUGGGGAUAUGCAGGCUCCCGGAUAUAUUCCAAGAAAGACCUCGGCUUACUAGUAUUGCUGACAAUCUGAAUUAUCGGCACAAGAAUGCCCAGAUGGCUAGCCGGGCCUCAGUUGAGCUCCAUACACUCAUUUAUUUCAGGAAUAGGCCCACUGACACUGAGGCGAGAAUACUGAAAAUAAGAUCGAAUGGGUUCAUUGUUUUUGUGCCAAAAUAUGGAAUAGAAGGACCAGUACACUUGAUGGCGAGAGGACAGAAGGAAGGAGGAAAAUGGAUAGUUGAUGAGCAGCAGCAAAAGAUUAAAAAGAUUGACGGUCAGGAUUCUUACGGCGUUCUUCAGACGGUCAGGAUCCACAUGGAGGUGGUUGAGCCACAGCCAAAUAGGCCCAAGCUCCAGCUUACCCUUAUCUAGUAAACCUCCUCCAAUACUUAUAAUUAUUUUUUUCUUUAAAUUAUCUAGGCCAAGUCGUAGUUGUUUAUGCAGUUAAAAAAACGAAUAGGUGAAAAGACCAUGUCGACUUUAGCUAGCUCUGUUCUCUACUUAUUGCGUCUCCACAGACGCUGCAUUUUGAGCAAUCAAAUUAUGUACUCAGUUGGUUUACAUUGUUACAUGGUUAAUAUAUUUGGAAAAGACUACAUGCAUUGUGCCUUGCUACAAUUUAGCCCUCGAGAGCAUUGAAAUAAUAACUCUUUUAAAACUUUUU